GGCCCACCCGAUUUCAUGGGCCUUCCGCUUCCGCACCACCUGGGCCGCGCCGCCGCAGCUCUUAGCCCGCGCGCACAUGCGGCACGAACGCCUCUUGCCCCAUUUCCACCGCCCUCUCCCGCUUCCGGCGAUGUCCACGCCGAACAGCCUCACGACACGUGCUGCUUCGCUGCUUGUAAUUGGCUUCUCGUCGCCGGUGGCCGCCGCCGUGUUGUUCUUCUAGCAGUCGAUGAAGAGCAGCUCGUCGGCGCAGAGGCCCUUCUCCCUCACGAAUCGGCUCCAUCCCUUGGUCAGCACGUAGCUCUGGCUGCUGUUCCUGGACGAGUCACAGUUUGUACUCCCGGCGGGGUCGGGGCAGCAGCGGUGGCGGCAGUUGGAGGGUUUGUCGCUGCGGCCGCGCUCGCCGAGAGGGCCGGCGUGAUCGCGCCAAGGAAACGCUCCAACGCGCCCCCAGCUGUUCCUGGUUUACCCAUUAUCGGAAAUCUGCAUCAACUGAAAGAAAAGAAGCCUCAUCAGACCUUUGCAAAAUGGGCUGAAAUUUACGGGCCAAUCUACACUAUAAGAACCGGGGCUUCUUCUGUAGUUGUGCUCAAUUCAACUGAAGUAGCCAAGGAGGCGAUGGUUGCAAAAUUCUCAUCCAUAUCUACCCGAAAGCUAUCCAAAGCACUGACAGUGCUUACUCGUGAUAAAUCCAUGGUUGCUACCAGCGACUAUUGUGAUUUCCACAAAAUGGUGAAGCGUUAUGUCAUGUCAAGCAUGUUGGGUACUUCUGCACAGAAACAAUUUCGUGACAUAAGAGAUAUGAUGAUCCAUAACAUGUUAAGCACUUUUCAUAAACUGGUGAAAGAUGACCCACAUGCUCCUCUGAUAUUCAGAGAUGUUUUCAAGGAUGAGCUAUUCCGGUUGUCCAUGAUCCAGAGCUUAGGAGAGGAUGUGAGUUCAGUCUAUGUGGAUGAAUUUGGGAGGGACAUUUCGAAGGAAGAAAUCUACAAUGCUACUGUGACCGACAUGAUGAUGUGCGCAAUUGAGGUCGACUGGAGAGAUUUCUUCCCCUACCUCAGCUGGGUUCCAAACAAGAGCUUCGAAACAAGAGUGUUUACUACAGAAACUAGACGAACUGCGGUGAUGCGCGCCUUGAUCAAGCAGCAGAAGGAAAGGAUUGUGCGUGGAGAGGCAAAGACAUGCUAUCUGGACUUCUUGCUGGCAGAGAACACACUGACAGAUGAGCAACUGAUGAUGCUAGUGUGGGAGGCACUCAUAGAGGCUGCAGAUACUACCUUGGUCACCACAGAAUGGGCCAUGUAUGAGCUUGCCAAGAACCCUGACAAACAGGAACGGCUUUACCAAGAGAUCCGGGAGGUGUGCGGCGACGAGACGGUCACCGAGGAGCACCUCCCACGGCUGCCGUACCUCAACGCCGUCUUCCACGAGACGCUGCGCCGCCACUCCCCUGUCCCGCUCAUACCUCCGAGGUUCGUCCACGAGGACACCAAGCUCGCUGGCUACGACGUCCCCGCCGGCACCGAGAUGGUGAUCAACCUGUACGGGUGCAACAUGAACAGGAAGGAGUGGGAGUCGCCGGAGGAGUGGGUGCCGGAGAGGUUCGCCGGCGGGAGGCUCGAGGUGGCGGACAUGUACAAGACGAUGGCGUUCGGCGCCGGGAGGAGGGCCUGCGCGGGGAGCCUGCAGGCGACUCACAUCGCGUGCGCCGCCGUCGCGCGCUUCGUGCAGGAGUUCGGGUGGAGGCUGAGGGAGGGUGACGAGGAGAAGGUGGACACCGUGCAGCUCACCGCCUACAAGCUCCACCCGCUUCAUGUCCACCUCACGCGCAGAGGAAGGAUGUGAACCAUUAUAUUCAUUGGAAGCUGUUGCUCGUUGAAUAAUGAUAUAUAGUUAUCUUUGAGAUGUAUUUACUAUUAGCAAAAUCUCCAUGCUUUGUUAUGGAUAGGAGAAAACAUAUUAUAAUAUAUCAUGGACUAUAUUUCUUUUAUCAAAUAUGGUUGUAUAUAACUUGUUACUUGUUUACUUAUUCUUUGUUAUGGAUAGGAGAAAACAUAUAUUAUAAUAUAUCGUAGACUAUUAAUUUUUUAUCAAA